AUGAACAUGUAAAGAAAAAGCCAUUCUCCUGAAUUAAGAAAAGAGUUAGCAUUAAAAUUAUUAAGAAAUGAAAAGCAUCCUUUUGUUUCCAAAUAAUCUUAAUCCCCAGAAAUAAAGAUGACCAGAUCUACAGUCUCUUAAAAGCGUAAGCCCCAAGAUCAUCCUGUCAAUUCACCUAUUAUUGAGGAUCUGUUGAGGCAAUGUAAACUAUUAGAGGAAUUAGUUAAGAAGUCAAAGAAGGUAAAAGUUCUUAUGGAUAAGUGUAGAUUAUUGAUGAGAAAGAAACUAAAAUUUAACUUUUACUUCAAUUACUUAAACAAAGAGAAAAUUGUUGUAAAGAGUUAUAAAUGUAAUCACAUAAACUAAUGGAAGAAAGAUAAAUUUUAAUUGAACAUAUCACUCAAUUAGAAAACUAACUCAAUCUAUAAGAAGAAGAAGAAGCAUGUAUGAUAUAUAAUUUAAUUUAUUAGAUUCUUAAGAUGGAUUUUAACAACAUAUGACUAAUUUAAAUGAUUUGAGACACUUUCUAAAUUAAAUUCGUCAUAGUAAUGAAGACAUCCCAGUUUUUGUUGAUGUUGAUAAUUUGACUUAUGAAUAACUUCUCUAACUUGAAGAUACAAUUGGUUACGUAAAUAGAGGUUUGAGUAAAGAAUAAAUAAAAACUAUUCCAAAAAUAAGCUUUGAUUAAUGCAAAACAGAUGAAUAAUUGUAAUAGACAUUUAUAUUAAUUUAAAGAUGCUCUAUAUGUUAAAUUGAAUUUGAGAGUACUGACAAAUGCAGAGCACUUCCUUGUUAACAUAUUUAUCAUUCAAAAUGCAUAAAACUAUGGUUAGGAAAAGAAAAACAUUGUCCAAUAUGUAAAUAGGAACUGGAAAUUAAUAUACCAAUUUAAUAUCAAACAGAAGAAUAAGCAAUGGUAGAACAAUGAAUUAAUAAAUUAUAUAUCUUAUAAUGGAC